UUUAUUUGAGCGCAAUGCCGAAUCGCCCGACGCGGAAGAAAUAUCGCCGGAUUCGACUCCAGUGCUUCCUGGCAUUAUUCCUGUGGUUCCUGAUCCAGGCUCACCCCGCCGAUGGCACGCGGUGCAGGAAUCCCUAUGAGAGGGUCCGGGAAAACUAUUGCUACUUUGUUGCCGACGAGGAGCCGCUGCACACAUCGUUCCAUAAUUUCUGCUACCAGGACAAGCGCACCUCACGAGUGUGCCUGGAUAGUGACGAGGAAAUGCGGGUUCUGGCCCAUCACCUGGCCAAUUUGGGCUACCCAAACGGAACGCAGUUCUGGAGUGCCGGGCAUCGGUGGCCUGGGGACAACCGCUUCUACUGGAACUACUUUGGAAGAGCCCGACCACUCAACUACUCCAACUGGGCGGUGGACGAGCCGACGCCCCAAAUGGGACGCAAUUGCCUGAUUCUCACUCUCCGCGGAGGAGAACUCAUCAUGAGCAGUGAGUCCUGCUACACCCGAGCAGUCGAUAUAUGUGAGCAGACGCUGAACGGAACGGAUUCCCGUCCCGUGAUCCACUGAUCGCCAGAAAUGUAUCUCAAUAUCUACUAACGUACCUAGCUAAAAAUUGAGAUUUUAUAUAUCUAUUACCUUUUUUUGAGUGCUUCUCAAUAAAUAAUAAUUUCGAGUAUUCGUUACUCAUAAAAUGAA